AGCCGUUCAUUUCACAACGAUCUUAUGGUAGUAAGCCCAGUAGAAUUUUCCUUCCAUGAGAUAAGUGAUAAGCCCCGUGUGGCUGAAAUCGUCACUAGAUUCUUUUGGGUUUGGCUCAUCUUUCCACCUUUUCUAUAUUCAAAUUCGUUCUACCAUUCUGAGCAACUAGUUUGGAUACAAGGCCGGUUAUGGCCUUACCAACAGACCUUUUGAUUGGCAAAAUUGUGACCAUUCUUGAGAACGAAGCAUCCUCCAUAGGCGGUGUUCGUGAUGAAAUUGAUGAACUCAAGCGGGAGCUUGUAAUCAUGAAGGCCUUCCUAAAUGAUGUUGAGGGCAAGAAUGUACGCACCGAAGGCGGGAGGACAUGGGUUGCAAGCGUCAGAGGCAUGGCGUAUGAUGUUGAAGACAUCAUUGACGAGUUCAUGUAUCACAUGUAUGAGCGAGAAUGUCAUGAUGGUCGAUUUGCGUGGUUCCACCAAACUAUUCGCAUUCCACAGAAUGUUUGGUUCAGACAAGAAAUGUCAAAGAAGUUGCGGAAAAUCUCAAGAAGGAUUGAAGCCAUUGCGAAGAGGAAUGAGAGAUACGUUGUCGGUGGAUUAGAAGGAACAAGUAGUACUUGUGAUGAUGUUGGCAAAUGGAUGCGGAACCAAGCGGAAUCUUCUCUUUUUAUUAAGGAAGAUGAGCUCGUAGGGAUUGAAAGAAAGAAGCAACUAUUGAUCAAUUGGUUGAUGAAUGGAGAGCAACAGCAAACGCUUAUCUCUGUGGUGGGGAUGGGCGGAUCAGGGAAGACAACUUUAGUUGCGAGGACCUUCAACGACGAAAGGGUCAAGAAACAAUUCCACUGUUGUGCUUGGCUAACUGUUUCACAAACUUAUGUGAUUGAGGACUUGUUUAGAAGCUUGAUUAAGGAAUUCCACGAAGCAAACAAGGAAAAGGUCCCUGCAGACAUGAAUUCCAUGAGAUAUAGAGAAUUGCUACAGGUGCUGGUCAAUUACUUGGAGUCUAAAAGGUACAUGGUUGUAUUGGAUGAUGUGUGGGAUAUCGAACUUUGGAAAGAAAUUAAGAUAGCACUCCCAAAUACACAGUUUGGAAGUCGAAUCAUGCUUACUACUCGAAGAGAAGAUGUAGCAUCCUAUUGUUUUGGAGUACAAAGUCAUAUUCACCGCAUUCAACCCCUCGAAAAGAAUGAUGCUUGGGAGCUAUUCAGCCGCAAAGCAUUCUCAGCUUCCCAGAAUAAAUGUUGUCCACCAGAUCUUCAAUCAUUGGCUGAGGAACUUGUAAAAAAGUGUGAAGGCCUACCUCUGGCAGUCGAGGCUUUAGGUGGUCUGAUGUCCAACAAGGAGCCAUUCGAGUGGAAGCAAGUCUACAACAGCUUAGACUCGCAUUUAACUAAGCCGUUGCCAGAGCGAGUGGAGAACAUCUUAUUUCUUAGUUUUGAUGAUUUACCAUACCCAUUGAAGCUCUGUUUUCUAUACUGUUCCCUUUUCCCAGAAGACUAUUCGAUUCGAAGAAAGAGGCUCAUUAGGUUGUGGAUAGCUGAAGGGUUUGUUCAAGAUGAAAAAGGCUCCACACCAGAAGAAGUUGCUGAGAGCUAUCUUAUGCAGCUCAUUUUCCGUAGCAUGCUACAGGUUGUUCAGAGGAAUGUAAGUGGAAGGCCAAAAGCAUGUAAGAUGCACGACCUUAUGCGGGAGCUUGCUCUGUCUAAAUCAGAAAAAGAAAAGUUUGGUGCUGUAUAUGAUGGAAAAGAAGUUAUGGACGAAGUUCAAGUGCGCCGCUUGUCAAUUCAAACCACUGGAGGUGAAAUUAAACUAGGCACUGGUAUGGCACAACUUCGUUCUUUUCUUGUGUUUGUUACUGACGUGUCCUCAUCCUCUUCCUCGAAUACAUUGCCUUCUGGAUGCAAAUUGUUAAGGGUGCUAGAUUUGGAAUAUGUUCCAAUUGAUAUACUGCCAAAAGAACUUGCGUACUUAUUCAAUUUAAGAUACUUAAAUUUAAGGGGAACUCCAAUUAAGAAGCUUCCUGAAUCCAUUGGAAAGCUCCGCAACCUUCAAACUUUGGAUAUCAGAGACUCAAAGAUAGAGGUACUUCCAAGUGGAAUUUCCAAGUUGCAAAACUUGCGCCAUCUAAUUAUGUAUCGUUACACUGAAGAACCUAAUGACUUCAGAUAUGUGAAUGGGACAAGAUCACCAUCAAAUAUAUGUAUGUUGAAGAAAUUGCAAGUUUUGGCGUGUGUUGAAUUAGAUGGAAACAUUGUUAGACUUGUGGGGAAUAUGACCCAACUUAGAAGGAUUGGAAUUACGAAUGUAAAAGAAAGAGACGAGAUGGACCUUUGUGCUUCAAUUCAAAAGAUGAAGCAACUUCACUACUUGUUUCUAAUGACAAGCGAUGAGGAGGAAGUUCUUCAAACAAACAAACUAUGCCCACCUCCUCCCCACCUUCGAAUAGUUAUUUUGGUUGGCAAAUUGGAAAAUGUACCACGUUGGGUCUGCUCACUCCAGAGCCUCACACAGUUGAAUCUGAUUUGGUCUGGAAUUGAAGAUGAUUUACUACCUUACAUUGAAGCACUGCCCAAUCUGGGAAUGCUUACACUUGUUAAUGCAUAUGCUGGCAGAGAGUUAUGUUUCAGCAGAGGCUUUGUAAAGCUUACGGAAUUGCAUUUGUAUGUUUGCCCCUUAUUGAACAAGAUAACUAUAGAAAAAGGGGUGAUGUCAAAUCUCCAAUCUUUAUGGCUUGAUAACUGCCCAGAACUAAACACAACGCCACAGGGUCUUCAAUACCUCACUAAACUAAAAGAAAUGAGAUUUUGGCUUGUAUCAAAGGAACUUAAGGAUUCCAUACGAGAAGGAGGUGUGGAUCGUGAAAAGGUACAACACAUCCCUGAGAUCCGCCAUUAUUACCAAACAUCACUAGGUAUGCGUUAUGAAAGGUUGUCCUAGUUGUUUUGGAAGGAGGUAUGUAGGGUUUUAAUUUAAUUUUUUGGUCUCCUCGUUUUCUAUGGAAUCUUAUGUAAUUUGAUUCGUGAGUGUGUUUGCUAUUUGAUUAUGUAAUGCCUUAAGAAGCACUAAUCAGGAUCUAAUGCUCAAUUUUAUUCUGAGAGUUUGCUAAUUA